CCUGCGCACGUUCAGCCCGAGCCCACAACUGCCACAACUGCCACAAGCGCGCGCCAUCCCACCCACCACCGACCACCACCACCGACCAUGCCUGUGAAGAACCGAUACUUGAGCGGAGCGCCUGGCCUUGGCCUGACCACGACGGCAGGCAGCUCAAACAGCAGCGCCACCACUCCCGCUUCUUCUGCCACGCCACCAGCACAACAACAACAACAACAACAACAACAGCAGCAGCAGCAGCAGCAGAAGCAGCCACAGCAGCAAGCGGACAAGCUUGCGCAACCACAACACCAGCAGCAACAGCCGCCGCAGCAGCAACCACAACAACAACAGCAACCACAGCAACAUCAGCAACCACAACAGCAGCAGCAACGGAGUGGCAGCGCGAGUGGCGGGCAUGCGACGCCCGAUGCAGCAGAGUCGCGGAGCCGACAGCACACGCCUACGCCAGGCCGCGGUGGUCGGACUGACGAGUCGCAGCCGCGUCGGCGCGACAAGCGGCGCGGCGGUGGUGGAGGAAACGCCCGGCGCACGUCGACGUCUUCUCGAUCGGGCGGGAAAGGCCGCAACACGGAGUCCUUCAAGCCCUCCUUCCAGCGGCCGGACAUGAAGCUCAUCGUCGGACCCUCGGCGCCCAAAUUCGGCCGCAGGUACGGUGCGAAUGACCUGGUGAUGGUUCCCGAGUUGUUCUGCCGCGAGGAUGACACGACCGUGUUCCAGAACCUGCUCACCGAACUUCAUGCCACGGGGUGCGACUCGCUGUUUGUCAAGUGGCACGGGGACAGCCACACGAUUGCCAACGACAAGAGCAUGGGUGGCAAGUGGAAGAAGCAGAGCCCGACGUUCCAGCGCGUGGUGCGCAUCAUGCGCGAGUACUUUGACAUGGACAUCAAGGCCACUCGCUUCAACUGGUACAAGGACUCGAGCGACUGGAAGCCUUGGCACCACGACCGGGCCGCGUUCACGCCCGACUGCCCGCAGAACGCGACGGUGGCGGCGUCGUUUGGUGCGGAGCGGGACAUCUCGUUCCUGCACGCCAAACACGGCACGACCAUCACCAUCCCGCAGCCAAACGGGUCCAUGUACGCGUUUGGCCGCGACGUGAACAUCGAGUGGAAGCACGGCGUGCUGCAGGUGCCAGACCAUCUCCAGCACAACCAGGGCCGCAUCUCCAUCAUCGCCUGGGGGUGGAUUGAUAUGGACGAAGAGUCCACCCCGACCGUGCCACGCCCCCUGUCCGCAGUCGCCAGCCUGCACAGCAGCAACACUAGCAGUAGUUACAACACGUUGCCUGCGUCAUCAAUGUCGUCUGCCUCGCUCCAGUCAGCCGGUAUGGUGACAGCGGCAACAGCAACGACAGCAACGACAACGUCAACGCCAGCAACAUCAUCAUCAGCAGCAGCAGCAGCAACGACAACACCAUCAACGGCGUCACCAGUGCACCCCUCCGUUACCGCAGCGCCCAUGCAGCCGCCAGUGCCAGCGCCAGCGCCACGCCACUUGUCUGCCGCGCAUGUCACGACGCCACCCCUCGGUGUGUCGCCAACACCGCCCGUGACGACGACCAGUGCCGUUACAACACCGCCGCAGACGGCGACAACAACACCCCCGCCAUCAAUGCAGCAGCAGCAGCAGCAGCCCAAGCCAAAGCGCUUCUUUGAGCUGCACCCAAAGGCCUCGCAGGACCAGCAACAGCAGCAGCAGCAACAACAACAAGAUUCGCAACAGCAGCACCAGCAACAACACCCGCAACAGCAAGCCAUUGCACAGCCUGUGGCACAGCAAGCCGUUGCACAGCCGCCGCCGCAGGCGCAGCACCGUGUUGUUGAGCAGCACACGGCGACGACGGUUGGCGAAGGGGAGGUGGACCCAAGCCAGUUCAUCGCCUCGCUGCGGGCGUGGAGCAUUGCAGAGUAGCGCCGCUGGGUUUGCAGUGAUGGCGGUGAUGCAAGUGAUGCAAGCUAUGAAAGUGAUGCAAGUGAUGGAAGGCAUGGAAGGCAUGGAAGAUUGGUGGAUGGUGGUGGUGGUGGUGCAAGUGAUGGAAGCUUGGUUGCUUGGUGGCUGGUGGUGCUGGUGCUGGUGGUGGCUGGUGUGGGCGAUAUGGGGUUUGUCAUGGUGACAGUUAUGGAAGUUCUGACAGCGGCGGCUUGCGUAUGAAAGUGGUUGGUCGUGUGUUCGCCGAUGUGCUUGCUGACGUGUUGGCAUCGCGUGCGUGCUGGCGGUGAUUUUAGCUUGUCGUUGUGAUGGUGGUUCGUGGUGCAUUGACCCACCUCAACUGUACGUAUUGUGCCGCAUGCCCCGCUUGCACCGAUUCAUUGUGUGCACAUGCCCAGCAGUAAACACUGCAGUGAGGACAA